GUAAACGAGGGAAGAGAGAAAACACGGCGCCGAUCAUGGCGAUAGAAAACAGCUGUUAAUUAGAUCCUUUCACCAGUGUAAUAUGUGGCGGAUCACACGGGACAGCACCACGAGCUUACUUCUCAAAACCCGGCAGUGAUCGGGGUAGUUCGGACGUGAUGACGAGGUAAAACUCCACUAUACUGGGAACUAGUCGAUCUGCGGAAACGUCUAGUGGCGAUCAGAUAUAGUGGUAGACGGCACUGUUAGCAGUGUGUGGACGUGUCGCCGUCACCACAUGGACCACGUUGACAUGGACACCGGCAUCAUCCCCAUUCGCCACUCCAGCCUGCCCGGCCAGGUCCGACUCCCAACGAGGUAUGAUAGGGCCGGAACCAACAGAAACACACGCACGCGCAAAGUGAGCCAGGCGCAAGCACCACGUGACGGCCUCGUCGACCGACUCGACGAUCUGAUGACCGCCAUGAUGUGGGUCAAGCAGGAGCUGAUUCUUCUCCGGCAGCACGACAUUCUCCUGAAAAGACAGUUCUUCAACAUCCAGGACACGAUCCACUCGCUCAAACCGAAAUCACCAGAACCGUCCGACCAGGAUCUGACCUCGUCGACCACGUCGUUGGACCACAGCGAAAACUACAUGUUCGAGAACUUCGUGGUGAGGGCGUCGUCAAGUGUGACGAUGCUGAACGGCCUGGAGGAAAAGGACGACGAAGAGGAAGUGCACGACGUCUUCCGGCCAAGGACUUGUUCAAUGCGAACCUCGCGAGAUCUCGCAGCUUUGGCGAGAAGACGUGGAAGUAAAGAUCUCGUUUGACAGCAGAACGAGAAAUGGUGUUAGAGUGCUGUCUUUGGAUCGUUAUUAUUAAUGUGAAGAUACAACAUAAAAAGCCUGGCAAAAGUCGCGAUCUUAGCAAAAAGUCACGAUCCUCAAGGCAUCCUUGCAAAAAGUCAAGAUUCUCAUGUACAAAGCUUUUCAAGCUUCCAGAGCGCCAUGGUUAAUGGAUAUGGCGGGAGCGGAGUUCGACUCAUAUCAGCUUGAUAUCUCUAACUUUCAAUCUUCGAUAAAGAUUGGAUCAGAACGCUGUAAAAAAAAAAAAAACCUUAAAAGUAAUGCAAAAUGGAUUUUUGUCUGAAACAUUCAUGCUCGAAAGGAUGUAGACAAGGUGACGUGUUGUCUGCCUACAUCUUUAUUAUAUGCCUAAAAUCCAUAGCAAUUAAUGUUAUAAAUAAUGAAACCAUUAUGGGUAUUGAUAUAGACGGUUAAUAAUAUCUUAUAUCCAGAGCUAGAUUUAGACCUUGGGGGGGGGGGGGGGGGG